GUACGCAGAUGGAUAAUUGAUUUUCUUUCUUCUUCCUCCAACUUCAAAUAUAAAAUAUAUAAAAAAGAAAUAAAAGAAAAAGAAAAGAAAUAGUUUUCUUCUUCCUUUCGUCUCUCUCUGUCUCUGUCGACGUCUGCGAGGGUGUUGGUGAAAAGCUAGAAGAUGAAGCUCGGCUUUGAAGAAUCGAAAGCGGUGUUUGGACUGCUCAGAGCAGAGCAGCGCCCGAUCGAAGAGAUCGUCUCUGAGUUCAACUCCCUUUUCUCCCAUGGCCGCCAAUUCAUUCCCUGCUUCUCUCUCUCCCUUCUUUUACAGGACAAGAAGAUGCUGAACUCCACUCAACGUUUGAUUGCGUUCACUAUUCUUCAGCAGGCAUAUUCGUCCCAGAAACCUUCUGCAAAUCCAUUCUUUAGUUUACUUAUAAACGCUGCAUGUGAUGUUGAAGCCGAAAAGUAUGAGAGGGCACUUGUUCUGCAGCUAUUACAACUAUUUGGAUCUGAUGGCUCUAGUGGUGGCAAAGAGAUACUUAAACAAACUGCUACAGAGUACAUCAAAAGUUUUGAUCCUUCAGUACAUGCAUUCCCGCAACAAGAACAGUUGCAGCAGCAGUAUGCCGAUAAAGUCCAUCCAGACCGAUUUAUUUCUCCAUUCAAGGAUGGUUCUGUCAGAAAUGUGGUCGCAGACCCUGAUGUUCCUCGUGGUUGUGAUGUUAACUCAUUAGAGUUUGAUCUACAAACUGGAACAAAACCUAAAAUUGGAUCUGGAGAUAGAGACGAGACAGUGCUUGGCUUGCUAUCCAAUUUAGCGCUGGAAGGGUUAGGUCCACACUGGAAAAGGCCUAUUCCACCAAGGCUCCCAGUUCAGGAUGAUGAACUAGUGUGGCUCAACCCUGUUGACAAUCAUGAACUUUUAUGGGAUGAUGGCAUGUGUAUUGACACUAGCAGAGGGGCAGCUGUCAGGGACUUGAUUGCAAAAGCAUUAAAAGGACCACUUGCGCCUGCACAACAAGAGCAAGUCUUUUCGGAGUUGGCAAAUGACCUGAAACUUGUAUAUCACUGUGGGCUGACACCAAGAAAGCUACCGGAAUUGGUGGAAAAUAAUCCCCUAAUUGCAGUUGAAGUCCUCACCAAGCUGAUAAAUUCCCCUGAAAUAGCGGAAUACUUUACAGUGCUUGUCAAUAUGGACAUGAGUCUGCACUCUAUGGAAGUGGUGAACAGGCUUACUACAGCAGUCGAUCUUCCUUCUGAGUUCAUACACCUGUACAUAACAAAUUGUAUAUCAUCCUGUGAGAACAUCAAGGAUAAAUACAUGCAGAACAGGCUUGUGAGACUAGUUUGCGUGUUUCUUCAGAGCCUUAUCCGAAACAACAUUAUCAAUGUUAAGGAUCUUUUCAUCGAAGUCCAAGCUUUUUGCAUAGAGUUCUCGCGGAUUAGGGAAGCAGCGGCGCUCUUCAGGCUCCUAAAGUCCUUGGAAUGAAUAUGUUGGUUUUUGCUUCGCAAGAUUGCUACUCUUCUAUGCUUAGCAAUUAUUUUCUGUAUGUUUUGCUCUGCCUAUUUUCCGCUCAGCAUGUAGAUAGAGGAUGUCUUCAUUUAGAUUUUAGAGGUCAAUUAAUGAAAUUUUCUCCUUUA